AUGUUGGGUUUACCUGCAGCGACCAUAAAAUCGGGCCCACUUUCUUCAACCCUUGCAAUCAUCAUCUCAUGGGUCUAUGUUGUAUCCGCCAUCAUACUUGUCCCGGAGCUUACAUUGGCUACCAUGAAGGAAGAUAAUAUUGAUGAGGUGAGCUUCACUGGCCUGGCAACAAAAGCUUUCGGAAGUCGUGCAGGCAUUGGCUCUAUUGUCUCACAAUGGUUUCCAUGGAUGAGUUCUAUAAUUGCUCAUACCUUAUUUCCUUUUGUUGUUGGGGUUGUACUCUGGUUCUUUCCAUUUAAGGCUAUCGAUGUUGCCAAAAGGUUUUUGUGCUUCCUCAUGCUUUUCUCCCUAACUACACUCGUGGCCAUUGGUUUAUCUGUAGGGAGAACCUGCAUAAUGGGAUCCUUUGCCCACGCUUCAUGGGGUCUUUCUUCAGUCUUGCCAGCUAUCCCUGUCAUUGUUCUCACGUUGGAGUUCCAUGUAAUCACCCCAUUUGUUUGCAAGAUUUCUGGGAACUCUGUAAAUGAUGGUCGGAAAACAAGAUUCAUUGGUGGGUUUGUUCCAUUGGUUAUGGUUAUAUCGUGGAAUCUGAUUGUUUUGGGGCUUUUCGGGACAUACGAUGUCUCAUCCUCUGGAGACCCUAUCUCCCUCCUGCUCUCUAUCAGCUCUGCUUCAUCAGCAGUUCAAAGUUUUUCAUUUUCAGCUUUGGCCACUAGCUUCAUAGGUGAGCAUUACUUUGGAAAUGUGGGAAAUAUUUCAUAUGGUGGAUCAAGGCAAAUUCUUGCUGGAGCAGUUAAAUUGUUACCUGGUUUUAGCUUGUUAGACAGCAUUGUGACCCUAUUUGUACUGGGUGUUCCAGUCCUCAUCGCAUCUCUCUCUCACUCAACCUUCUCAAGAGCCCUUGACUUCGCUGGGAUCUAUGCUAAUUGCUUUCUGUUUUGCAUCCUUCCUCCAGUCAUCCAUCCUACCAGGAGGGGACAUGGUCCUUCCUUCUACUUCUCUUUGGAUGUGGGGCUUAUGUCAGCCUCAUCUGUAGCGAUUAUUGCCAGUCCACACAGCACGUGGGCCGCAUCUUUUGUUUUCAAAGGACCACAAGAAGGACGUGUACAUUUCAAGUACUUGAGUGUUCCGAUAUUCCGGUGA